AGGCUUGCAAUGGAUGUGCAGGAUCCAAAUGUGACUGCAGUGGAGUGAAAGGAGAAAAGGGUGAGAGGGGUUUCCCUGGUCUGACUGGACAGCCCGGAGUCCCAGGAUUCCCCGGACCUGAAGGACCAAUCGGACCCAGAGGAGAGAAGGGAGAUGAAGGACCUCAGGGACCAUUUGGUCCUAAAGGAAUCAGAGGACCUCCUGGUUUGCCAGGAUUUCCAGGAAUGCCAGGCCUCCCAGGUCUUCCGGGCCAAGAUGGCCCUCCAGGGCCAAAAGGAAUCCCAGGCUGCAAUGGGACAAAGGGGGAGAGAGGUUACCCAGGAAGUCCAGGCAUACCUGGCUCACAAGGGUACCAGGGUCCGCCUGGUGUACCUGGAGAAAAGGGAGAUCCAGGUGAUGUGAUUUCCAGCAAUCGUUUUGGUGAAACAGGAUCCGUGGGAUUGCCUGGACUGCCAGGAGCUCCUGGACCUUCUGGACCUCCAGGUUUACAAGGUCCGCUUGGCCCUCCCGGACCCCCAGGCUUUGACGGUCGCCAAGGUCCUCCCGGUCCUCCCGGACCCAAGGGGAACAUGGGAUUGAACUUUGAGGGACCCAGAGGAGAAAAGGGUGAUCAAGGUUUGCCAGGACCUCCAGGUCCUCCGGGACAGGUUGGGGAACAGAAGAAGUCCCCAGAUUCGGAGAUCCAGAGAGGAGACAAGGGUGACCCAGGACCUCCCGGCCCGAGAGGUGACCCUGGUUCUCCCGGAGCUCCUGGUCCUUCUGGUGGACAGAAAGGAGAGAAGGGAGAACCAGGAGAGAUAGGCAAGCGAGGAAAACCGGGCAAAGAUGGGGAUCCAGGUUCUAUUGGAUUCACUGGAAUUAAAGGCGAACCAGGCCCACCAGGUUCUCCUGGCAGGGAUGGGGUUGGAGGUGAAAAAGGUGACCGUGGAGUACCAGGUCCUCCAGGACUGGUGAUUGGUCCAUCGAAUCAGGCCGGUCCUAAGGGCGAGCCCGGGUACCCGGGAGUACCUGGAACUAAAGGAGACAGAGGCCCACAAGGCUUUACCGGACCUCCAGGAGAACCGGGACGUCCAGGUUCUGGUUUCGGUGGCCCUCCUGGUCCUCCAGGAGUUCCAGGACUACGGGGUGACAGAGGAGACCCGGGCAUUCCGGGAGCCUCUUUGCCAGGCAACCCAGGACGGCAAGGAAACCCAGGGAGUCCAGGCCCACCGGGGCCCCCUGGACCUCCAGGCUUUUCCACCGACAGAACAGACUGUGUUACUGGGGAGCCUGGGAUUCCCGGCCCUCAGGGAGAGAGAGGUUAUUCUGGAGAGGUGGGCCAGAAAGGUGAAAAGGGAGACACCUGUGUCAACUGCAUUGGAAGCGUCAAUCCUGUCCCUGGACCCCCCGGACCUGAAGGCCGGCCUGGCUUUCCUGGAUCUCCAGGCCCCCAAGGUUUUAAGGGAGACAGAGGAUCUCCGGGAAUACCUGGCUCCUCUGGAACCCCUGGUCUUCCUGGUGCUCAAGGUCCUCCAGGUUUCAAUGGGGAGAAGGGAGACCCGGGUGAUGCCAUUUCAGUCAGCGGAGUGAAAGGGGAGAAAGGUGACACCGGCUUCCCUGGACCUUCUGGUCUGCCUGGCCUGGAUGGUCGACCAGGCCGUGAAGGACAGCCCGGAUCUCCUGGUAUUAAGGGAGCUUCUGGCUCUUUAACGGUUAAAGGAGAGCGAGGACCCCCUGGUGAGCCAGGUGUCUCUGGCAUUCCUGGGGACAGAGGUCCCCCAGGUGCCCCCGGCUAUGGACCUCCAGGACCACAAGGUCAGAAAGGUGUGCAGGGUGUAUCGGGAAGACCUGGAGGUCCCGGCGCACCAGGCUCUAAAGGCCCUGCAGGACAAGAUGGCCAGCCAGGACUUCCUGGUCCAGCAGGUUCCCCAGGUCAGCCCGGACAGCCUGGUUUCCCUGGUUCACCUGGUGAGAAGGGUGAUCCAGGAAUUCCAGGCAUUGGACUUCCAGGUCCCCCAGGAGUUAAAGGAUUCCCUGGUACUCCUGGUCAACCAGGACCUUCCGGAGAACCUGGGAGGCCAGGAGUGGAUGGACGGCCGGGACAGCCUGGUGCACCUGGAUUCAAGGGUGAGCCUGGUAGUGGACUUCCUGGUCCUCCAGGUUUACCAGGAAUACCUGGACCUAAAGGUUUCCUUGGACCAAAGGGAGAUCCUGGUUUCUCUGGAAGUCCUGGUGCACCAGGCCGACCUGGAUUUGAUGGAACUCCUGGACCUAAAGGUGAUCCUGGAAUACCUGGUAUACCUGGAGCACGUGGACCACCUGGACCACCUGUUGGAGGCCCUGUGGGGCAACCCGGCCCUCCUGGACCCUCAGGUCCAGUGGGACCACCAGGUUUCCCUGGAACGAAUGGAGAAAAAGGAGAUCCUGGACCCCCAGGUCUUGAUAUUCCAGGUCCACCAGGAGACAGAGGACCUCCUGGAGGACCGGGACGUGAUGGAGUGCCUGGAGCGACAGGUCAGAAAGGUGACAUGGGUCCCAUUGGAUCUCCAGGACCGUCUGGAGGGCCUGGUGCCCCAGGAGGGCCCGGUGCACCUGGAUUUAAAGGUGACCCAGGAUUUCCGGGUAGAGAUGGUGCACCAGGGAGAUAAAGGAGAACCAGGGCAAACAGGUCCAGCAGGUUCACCAGGGCAGAAAGGGGUCGCUGGUAUCGCUGGUGACCCUGGAUUGCCAGGAUCAGAUGGACGCCCCGGAACCCCGGGACCACCAGGUUUUAAGGGAGACCCGGGCAUCCCUGGAGGUCCAGGUGGUCCUGGAGCUCAAGGACCUAAGGGGACCAUGGGAGAAAUGGGAAUUCCAGGACCACAGGGGCUGAAGGGUACAUCAGGUAAUCCAGGUAGGUCAGGGACCCCAGGUCAGCCAGGAGCACCAGGUCCUCAAGGCUUCAAAGGCGACCCAGGUUCUGCUGGCGUUGGACCACCGGGACAAGCAGGACUAAAGGGUGAGCCGGGCCAGCCCGGGUUUCCAGGAAGUCCAGGACAGAAAGGAACCUCAGGAUCGCCGGGUCUGCCAGGUUUACCAGGAGGGCCGGGGGAAAAAGGUGAUAUCGGACCCCCAGGAUUCCAAGGCCCACCUGGUAUCAGUGGUCCUAAGGGUCUUGAUGGCAGGCCUGGAGGCCCAGGCCCCUCUGGAGCUCCAGGUAGACCAGGAGAGUCUGGUCGACCGGGGCCAUCCGGAAUUCCAGGGGAGAAGGGUCAGCCGGGUCGGGACGGGAUCCCAGGCCCAGCUGGAGUCAAAGGAGACCCGGGGCUUCCUGGUUAUGGUGGACCUGGUCCUACUGGGUUGCCAGGGGACCCAGGUCCCAAGGGAGACCCAGGUCCUCCUGGUCAACCUGGAAGUCCAGGUAUUGCCGGCGUUAAAGGAGACCCAGGCUUUUCCGGUCUGCCAGGUCCUCCUGGUGCCGGUGGCCCUCCAGGGCCUCCAGGACCGACUUUCCCAGGUCUUAAAGGCAACCAAGGACCACCCGGACCACCUGGGAGAGCAGGUCAGCCUGGCCCACAGGGUCCCCGUGGACCUCCAGGAAGUGGCGGCGUAAAGGGAGAAAAGGGUAUUCCAGGCGCUCCCGGGCAGCCUGGCUACGCUGGACAGAAGGGCGACAUUGGUUCUCCAGGAUUCCCUGGUGGUCCCGGUUCACCUGGUCCAUCCGGUGCAAAGGGAGACUUGGGUCUCCCAGGUAUUCCUGGAUUCCGCGGAAACAAGGGAGACCCAGGACUUCCAGGUCCAAGUGGCCUACCUGGAAAUCCUGGCAGAGAGGGAUUGCCUGGCCCACCUGGUGAUCCAGCUCCCCAGUCUCCAGUCAAUUUUGUGAAGGGAGCACCAGGGCCCCCUGGUCCUAAGGGUGAACCAGGUCCUCGGGGAUUACCUGGCUCACCUGGACGAGAGGGAUUACUGGGUCCUCCUGGUGAUCCUGGAAAUCCUGGUUUAGAUGGUCCUCCUGGCUUCAAUGGUCCUCCUGGGAGAAAGGGAGACAGUGGACCAACUGGUCAGCCCGGUCAGCGUGGCUUCUCUGGUCCUCCUGGUUCCGAUGGUCCACAGGGUCCCCCUGGUCUUCCAGGGUCAGUCUCUGCAGCCCACGGUUUUCUCAUCACCCGUCACAGCCAAAUGGAAGACGCUCCUUCCUGUCCCCUUGGAACUAACCUCAUCUACGACGGCUACUCUCUGCUCUACGUGCAGGGCAACGAGAGGGCGCACGGACAAGACCUCGGCACCGCCGGCAGCUGUCUGCGCAGAUUCAGCCCCAUGCCCUUCAUGUUCUGCAACAUCAACAACGUCUGCAACUUUGCCUCACGUAACGACUACUCCUACUGGCUGGCCACGCCGGAGCCCAUGCCAAUGUCCCCCGUCAGCGGAGAGGGCAUCAAGCCUUUCAUCAGCCGGUGCGCAGUGUGCGAAGCUCCAGCCAUGGUUAUAGCAGUUCACAGCCAGACCAUCCAAAUUCCUUCAUGCCCUGGAAACUGGGAUCCUCUUUGGAUUGGAUACUCCUUCAUGAUGCACACCAGUGCAGGUGCAGAGGGCUCCGGCCAGGCCCUGGCCUCUCCUGGCUCCUGUCUGGAAGAGUUCCGCAGCGCUCCCUUCAUAGAGUGCCACGGGAGAGGGACGUGCCACUUCUACGGCAACUCCUACAGCUUCUGGCUGGCCACCGUGGAGACUUCUGAAAUGUUCAGGAAGCCCCAGUCGGAGACCCUAAAGGCGGGCAACCUUCAGUCCCGCGUCAGCCGCUGCGUGGUCUGCAUGAGGCGCACGUAACGGAGCACGGCAGCGAGCGGGCCCGCCGGUUGCCGUGGGAACACCCAACCCGGCAGCACAAGAGGGAUGAUUCGGUGAAAUGACGGGGGACGAGUUGGGGGUGUGGGCAGUCACUGCCCCCGAUGAGGUGGAAUUCCAAUGUUGCAUUGUCUUCCGGAGAAAAAAAAAAAACACACAAAAAAAACAAAGAAAAGCAGAAGAGAGCAAAAACUACGACUAAAACAAUGGUGCUACUGUGCAACACAGCUUAAAAAGAAAAAAGAAAAAGAAAGAAAAAAAACUGACGUAAAGAAAUCUUACAUUAAGUCUCUGUUCUUAAGAAGUACCUCAAAAACAAAAGCAGAAUUAUAUCCACUAAAUGUGCCGUGAUGGAUGUGUGACAACUAAAGUGCAUUUUCAGUCCUUCUUUUCCAAAAAAAGGAUCAUUCUUUUUCUAUCUCUUUAUUUUAUUUUUUUAGAUCACUUUUAUCACUUUUUUUCGCUUUUUUUUUUUGUGGCCUCACUGUUGAGGAGGAUGAUCUCCACGGUUACCGCAGCGGCACUUUGACUUCGGAACAUCCAGGAUGAGAGAUGCACUGACGAUGAGCUUUCCCUCGUGAGACUGACUGACUGCCUCUUUUACCGCGAGCUGUUCACUCACACACUCCCCCUUUUUUUUCUAUCUCUCCGUGUCCUUUUUCUCUGUGGUUUUGUGUUACAUUCGGUGGUACUAACUCUGCUCUAGCCCGCCUGCUAACCCUCGGCCCCUCAGCCUACCCCUUCUCUCUCUUCCUUUUUUAUUUUGUAUGUAAUAUGUGUAUAUUGUGUAAAACACCUGUUCGUUCCGUAGCGUAGUCGGCCUUUAAUCAGUACCCAGCUACUCUCCAGGUUCUCUUUAGCCCACGCGCGCUCACACACACACUUGCACACACACUUACUUCAAUGGUUGCUGUGACUAACUCAGUGACACUACUCAGAUAUUGUACAAAGUAAGGCUUUUAUGAAUGAAACAGUAUUUUAUAUGUAAUAAAUAUAUAUUUGAAAAAAACUUUAUUUGGCUACGGGGGAGAUUGUUCACUGUUUUCAACCACGAAAAAAAAAAGGUCAUCCAUAUAAAAAAAAGCUAGCUACUGAGCACCAACAGAGCCAUUUUCCCUAAAACACUAUAGUCUUGUAUGAUAUUAAUUUUGUCAAUUGCUUGAACCUUUCUAUUCAGUUUGUAGAUUAAAUGAAUGCUCAAACAAACGGGGGUUUGCUUUUUAGUUAGUCUAUUGUUUGGGGAAUGUGACAAAUACUCGUGCAAAAGAAAAGGAUUUGAACUCGGUCUCUAAGAAUCGAUUAGAGCGUCACACGACUUGUUCUCAUGCAGUUAACAUUUCCAGGUGCUGAGCUUUGACUGUAAAAAAAGAAAAAAAAGAAAAGAGCUCCUCUGGGUCCUCACACCCGCUUCUACUGGCUUGAACUUUGAUCCAAAAGCGGCCCGAGCGUCUCCGCUGGGCCCUGACGACACACAGGUCUGAGUGUCUGUUCGUUUAAACCAGGCCCCGGAUGUGGCCCCUCUCACAUCAGUGGGGGUAAACACUCCUGAUGUACUGUAAGUCUCUAAAAGAGCUGUUUUUUUUUUUCUUUAUUAGAAGCGUUGGGGGUUGUAUUCCUGUGAUUUAAUUUUAUUUUUUUUCAAAACUGCUUUUAUGGAUUCAAAUGUUUUUAACCUGGGGUGCGAUUAAAAAUGUAUUCCCUGUUUUUUUUUCUGUUUUUUGUGUUCAUGUCAUGUUACCCUGAAGUUGUUAUACUGUUAAACCUUUAAAAAUGUAAUAAAUACUGUCUAAAGUC